UCAGCUUUAAAUAACCCAAGGACACAAACGAAGGCUUUUAAACUCUGAAGUCUUAGGUGUCAACUCUGUAUCAGUAGAGUGACUUUAUUGUAGAAGCAUCAAAGAAUAAAGUUUGAUUAUAAACACCCUUAAUGCAUUCUUCAUUGUACAGUGACACAAACAUUUUUGAUCCAUGUUAUCAGUUCGUGUUGGUCAACAGAGACUCAGCCAGCAUUUGACUUAGAGACCUGAUCAUAUUGACCCCUAGUGGUGCACGAGCAUAAGCUCUUUGUUCCUGACUGAAAAAAUGCCCCUUUUCAUAAAGGUGAAAAUUGGCUCUCUCAUCAAUUCAUCAAUGUAUUUUGUUGUCUGAUUUAUACGAGUUGUGGUGAGAGUUGUUCCCUGACCUGCACCAUGGCCAGUGGCCCCUUCCCGACGAACCGUGCAGAGCAGCGGCCAAUGGCCCCGCCAGCCCAGCUCAUCGGACAGCCAUACCCAGGUUCGAAAUCAGUUGUCAACAUGAACAUGUAUCAAAUGCCCAGUCCCGGCAUCCCAGGCUGCCCUCCUGGACUGGAAUAUCUGACUCAGGUGGAUCAGCUGCUUGUCAAGCAGAAAGUCGAACUUGUCGAGGCUCUCAUGGGCUUUGAAAGCAACAACAAGUAUGAAGUCCGCAAUGUGAUGGGCCAGAAUGUGUUCUACGCCGUGGAGGAGAACGACUGUCUGAGUCGACAGUGUUGCGGACCCAUGCGCUCCUUCAUCAUCCACGUCCUUGACAAUUUUGGACAAGAGAUCAUCACUAUCACCAGGCCGCUCAAGUGCAUGUCAUGCUUCUUCCCCUGCUGUCUUCAAGAGCUUGAGGUGCAAGCCCCACCUGGAAACACCGUCGGUUACGUUCUACAACAGUGGCACCCGUUCUCACCAAAAUUCAUUGUCACAAAUGAAAACAAUGAGCCUGUGCUGAAGAUCAACGGGCCUUUCUGUGGAUGGAGCUGCCUUCCAGAUGUGGACUUUGAGAUUCUCUCAAUGGAUGAAGUCAGCAAAAUCGGGAAGAUCAGUAAGCAGUGGUCGGGACUUGCCCGAGAGGCGUUUACGGACUCAGACAACUUUGGCAUCCAGUUUCCCAUGGAUUUGGACGUGAGGAUGAAGGCUGUGAUGAUCGGUGCUUGUUUCCUGAUUGAUUUCAUGUUCUUCGAGACGACCAACUAGGAGGUCAAGAGAGUAUAGUCAAGUUGGAACAAGAGGACAACCAAGCCAUGGAGUGUAGAAGGCAUUAAUCUGCUUGGACUUAAUGGCAGCUCAAGUUUUCUGAAGAAUUUGUUACUAAAACCACACUCUGGUGGAGAUGAAGGACACUCUUGUGUGUCUUUGCCUUCAUUGUUCACAAAGGGAAACUGGAGGAAAGGUAUUGUGAAAAUAGUGGUUUUGUAGCUUUGCUUGUUGCUCUAAGGUCUUCAAUGAUGCUCUAUCCCCAAUUGUAGUCAGAACUGAGGCACACAACAAACACAAGCUUUUACAUGGUAUCGGGUUGAGACAGGCCAAAAAUGCUGGAAAUGGAAGGGACAGAUGUUUUUUUCUGUUUGCAGUCCCUACUAUUGGAGUCUAAACCGUCACUGCUCGAUGAUCCAUAUUUACUGUUAUCCACUGCCCAUUUUAAUUGUAACAAGAGUAUCCAUGGGAUAUUUAUAUUUGUGAUUUCAAGUUUUGUUUUACUUUCUAAAAGUUCUGUUUACGCAAAUAUUUAUUUUACUUUUUUCACUGACUGCCAACAAAGGUGAUAAAUGAGUCAUUCAUUUCACUAAACACCAAGUUUUUGUGGCCGUGUGUGUCUCUGUGCAAAUCACGUUUUUGUAUUUCCGAACUCUUCUGAAUCAUUUCAAAUAAAGAAUCAGUACUUGAGGACCUGGAACACGUAUUAGUAUAUCUGUCUUAAUGAACAGUAAGAUAUUAUUUUCUAUAUCUGUAGCGAUAAAGUGUGAACACUGACAAACGUUUGUACUGUAGUAGCCUGUAUUUAAGACUUUAUCUUUGUAUUUAUAGUCCGAUCUAUUCGACCACAGGUAUGGAGACACUGCUUUGUGUGUGUGCUGCAAGUGAGCUCGUGUUUAAAUUUGACAGUCCUAUUUAUUGGUGCGAAUUGUCACAUUUUUAAUGCCAUACUGAAUAUGCACUCUAACGUAGGCUGUAGUGUGUGACUAGUCCUCAAGAGGGAGCUAUUUUUUCAGUUACUAAGCCGGCUCAAGUAGAAAAAGUCACUACCUGCUGAUGCCAUACACUUGUAAUACAUGUUUUGAAAAUGCUCAGGUUAAAUUGCAUGCCUCUGUUAUCGACGAUUGCCAUGCUCUUGUUCCAGGGCUUUACACACCUGAAAGUAAUAUUAAGAGAUUUCUACUUUAUUUCAUGACCAGUACUUUUUUUUUUUUUGUAUGACCGUUUCAAGUGUUUAGGCCUGUUUACUCUUGAAUGACAUGUAUUGUAGCAAUUUUGGUUGCUGUGAAUUUGAAGUGCUUGUGCUUUAUCAAGUCUUUUCUGACACAAAAAUAAGAUUGUUUUAGAAUCUGUUUCACACUUUAAUAUUACUGGUUAUUGCAGUAUAGUUUGUUACAUUGAAAGCGUUCAUUUUGUCUUUUUUUUAAGAUUAGAAUGCACAUGCAUAUUUCUGACUUAAGACACCUGAACAUGCUGAAGUUUGUUGUGACAUUCUCUCUUUUUUUUUUUUUGCAUCUUUGUUGAUGUUUCUGUGGCUGUUCUUUCGAAGGCUCUUUAAUCGUGUCAGAGCAAAACGCAAACGUGAAUGUGACUCCAAAAGGGAGAAAAGCUUUUCCCUCAAAGCAGUAUAUUUUCAAGAAAGUUAUUCUUCUACUUUAACUGUGAACUAAUGUGUCAUUCAAUCAGUGCAUUCAAAGCAAACUGACUUUGUGACUUGAGCUUGAAUUAUUGAAAUAUUCCA